CUGACAGACACAGGCAUCACCUACCGUCACUCCGUCACUCAACGCCGCCAUGAGAGCCAGGAUGAGGUUGUUGCUGCUGGUCUUGGCAGCAGGUGUUUGUGUGUCUCAUGCUCAGACCAACAACAACAGCCACGACAACAGACAGCAGCAGCAGCAACAGCAGCAACAGCAGCAGCAGCAACAACAGCAGCAGCAACGCAGUGUCUGGGAUGAGCCCAUCAGAUUCAGCACCAAGACCAAGGACUCGUGCACCAUGGUGGUGUCCGGGGUUGGGGACUAUACUCGCCUGCGUGUCUCCUGCAAAGGUCAGGCUGCAGGACGCUCCUACUACUGCGAUUUUCAGGGCAAGCCCAACCUGUGCCGUGCCUACAACCUGAACCCCCGCCACUACUUCACCCAGAUGAUGUGGGACAUGAGGAAACUGAGCCACGCCUGCCAGGGACCUAAGAUCUACCGGCCACAGAUGUGCAAGAAGUACCCCGAUGAGGCUCAGAUGACCUUCCUGGCCGCCUGGCCCAAGACCACCACCCAGAAGCCCUCCAAGCCAGUCCAGGAGCCACGGAAGCCAGCGGUGCCGGCCCAGACCAAACCUGUGGUGACUCCCAGACCAGUCAAGCCUCAGUCUCAACCCAACAAGCCUAUGCCAGGCAAGGGACCUCAGACCAAGAAAACCACCCCCAAGCCUGGGAAGACCACUACUCGUCCCACAGAGCAGUCCGACUCCAAAGCCUCUCGCAUCGCCAAUGAGUACUGCUGGAAGAGCUUCCACGGCGUCUGCACCUACUUCAUCAGCUGGUUCCAGAACUGAGGCGGCGCGCUGACACAGGUUGGAAUUACCAGCUAUCAAUCCACUCGUCUAUCUCAGACCUCUGAAGGAUCUGUUUGAGAGUCAUUUUGUCAGGUCCGGUCUGACUCCCUGCAGUGUAGCAUCCUACCGGCUGAGUCCCAAACACAUCGGUCAGCCGCUGACUGGUGUCAGGAAGCGUGCAUGUCCUUUUUUAAAUCUGUAAAACACACAGCAAGGCAAAGGAAAAAUGUGGCAGGCAUGUGUUCCUGUUUGUAUAUGAUGUAAAAUUCCAUCCUCGUGUCACUGUAAA